AUGAUCUGCAAUCAAUGGCUAGUCGUUAUCCUCGGGAUUCUACAAUUUUCUGUCGCCAAUGGAGCAAGUAAAUGUCCCCUAUGCAGCAGGUUGGAAGUAGUUCCAAAGCGUUUGGAUUACAUCGUCGACACCAAUCCAUUCAGGACAUGUGGAGAAGCUUGGUUGAAACUGGGAAGUCUAGACAAGAACAGUGGUCAGUGUUCCUCGUUACAAAGUCGAUAUAGGGAAAGUUGCUGUGGCGAUGCCGAGCCACCAGCCAUCUACGUCCCUCCAGCUCCAGCACCUACCAAGUCGAAUAGCGGCGGAACGGAACCCAUGUGUCGAAUUUGUGGGAACGACAAGUAUCCUGGGAAACCAAAUGCUCGAGUCGUCGCAAGAUACGUUGGUGAUUUCAGUUGUGGACAAUUGUAUGAUCGAGGAAGAAAUGGACUCAUUCCAGGAUUCAUGUGCAAUCCUCUGAAACAUUUUUCGUUUUCGGUCUGUGGAUGCGGAAGUUCCCCUCCUGCGCCAACGAGAAACCCAACUCGUCCACCAACGAGAAAUCCGACCCCGCAACCCAUUUCUCAAACAACACGUCGACCUACUCGAAAUCCUACUCCACGACCUACUCGAAAUCCGACACCAGGACCAUCCCCACGACCGACGAGGGGACCGACAAGAAAUCCAACGCCGAGACCCACUCGUAGACCAACAAGGCGACCGACGCGGCCUCCGACCCGAGAACCAACUCCUGAACCAACACCAUAUCCUACCGGACUGCCAACGCCUGAACCAACACCAUAUCCUACCGGCCUACCAACUCCUAAACCGACGCCUGGUCCAACCAGGGAACCGACACCUGGACCAAGUCGAUUUCCGACUCUUGCUCCUACUAGAGGACCCACGCCACAGCCGACCCAACUUCAAAGACCAACACCAUCCCAGACAUUAGAAUUGUCCACGCCAACUACCGGUACCGGUACUAGAGCUGUGGAUAGACGAAAAGCUACCCCGCUUGUAGGGUUCAAGAAGGAUAUGAAAUUUACACGACGAGCGCAAGGCGGUGCCAACAGUAUUGUCCGAGGACGAGGCAGCAGUCCUCUGAUACCAAACGAAGUACCAAUAUAA